GCCACCGCCGCCGGGGAUGAGGUGCUGGAGGAGGUGAAGAUGUCUGGCUCCAUCGCCUCGUACGACCAACUGGUGCGGCAGGUGGAGGCGCUGAAGAAGGAGAACAGCCACCUCCGGCGGGAGCUGGAGGACAACUCCAACCACCUCUCCAAGCUGGAGAAUGAGACCUCGGAUAUGAAGGAGGUCCUGAAGCACCUCCAGGGCAAGCUGGAGCAGGAGGCGAGGGUCAUGGUGUCCUCGGGGCAGACGGAGGUCCUGGACCAGCUGAAAGCCCUGCAGAUGGACAUCACCAGCCUCUACAACCUCAAGUUCGCCCCGGAGGUGGCCGGAGUUGGGCGCAGUGCCGAGGACAGCCCAGCCCCGGCGCCACUGCCCCAUCGGGACGGCGCCGGGGACCUGGGCAGAGCCACUCUCCGCAUGCUGGAGGAGCUGGACCGGGAGAGGUGCUUCUUGCUGGGUGAGAUCGAGAAGGAGGAGAAGGAGAAGGUCUGGUACUAUGCCCAGCUGCAGAGCUUGGCCACACGCCUGGACGAGCUGCCCCACGUCGAGACGUUCUCCAUGCAGAUGGAUCUGAUCCGGCAGCAGCUGCAGUUCGAGGCGCAGCACAUCCGCUCGCUGAUGGAGGAGCGCUUCGGCACGGCCGACGAGAUGGUGCAGAGGGCACAGAUCCGUGCAUCCCGGCUGGAGCAGAUCGACAAGGAGCUGAUGGAGGCGCAGGACAAGGUGCAGCAGCCGGAGCCACAGCUCUGCGGGAAGGUACCUGGCAUCGAGGGGGACAGCAGCCUGGACCCCCCAACCCACCCAGAGGAGGGGGGCAGCAGCCUGGGCAGCAGCAAGGUGGAGGUGGUCUUCUGGCUGCUGUCCAUGCUGGCCACACGGGACAAGGAGGACCUGUCCCGCACGCUGCUGGCCAUGUCCAGCUCCCAGGAGAGCUGCUUGGCCAUGCGCAAGUCUGGCUGCCUGCCCCUGCUGAUCCAGAUCCUGCACGACUCCGACGGGGAGCCAGGGCCCCCCGAGAGCCCCUCGGGUGCCAAGGAUGCCCGCAUGCGUGCCAACGCUGCCCUCCACAACAUUGUCUUCUCCCAGCCCGAUGAGGGCCAGGCCAAGAAGGAGAUGAGGGUCCUGCAUGUGCUGGAGCAGAUCCGCUCCUACUCGGAGACCUGCUGGGACUGGCUGCAGAUGCAGAGCAGGGAUGCAGGCAGAGGUCCCGAGGGUGGCACGGCACCAGUGCCCAUCGAGCCCCAGAUCUGCCAGGCCACCUGUGCCAUCAUGAAGCUCUCCUUCGACGAGGAGUACCGGCGGGCCAUGAACGAGCUGGGUGGGCUGCAGGCCGUGGCAGAGCUGCUGCAGGUGGACUAUGAGAUGCACAAGAUGACCAACGACCCCCUGAACCUGGCACUGCGGCGCUACGCGGGCAUGGCCCUCACCAACCUCACCUUUGGUGACGUGGUCAACAAGGCAACGCUGUGCUCCCGCCGGGGCUGCAUGGAGGCCAUCGUGGCUCAGCUGGGCUCUGACAGCGAGGAGCUGCACCAGGUGGUCUCCAGCAUCCUGAGGAACCUCUCCUGGCGAGCUGACAUCAACAGCAAGAAGGUGCUGCGGGAGGUGGGCAGCGUGGCCGGGCUGAUGCGGUGCGCGCUGCACGCUGGCAAGGAGUCGACGCUGAAGAGCGUCCUGAGCGCGCUGUGGAACCUGUCAGCACACAGCACAGAGAACAAAGCAGCCAUCUGCGCUGUGGAGGGAGCCUUGGGCUUCCUGGUCAGCACCCUCACCUACAAGUGCCAGAGCAACUCCCUGGCCAUCAUCGAGAGCGGGGGUGGCAUCCUCAGGAACGUCUCCAGCCUCGUCGCCACGCGUGAGGACUACAGGCAGGUGCUGCGGGACCACAACUGCCUGCAGACGCUGCUGCAGCACCUGCGCUCGCACAGCCUCACCAUCGUCAGCAACGCCUGCGGCACCCUCUGGAACCUCUCCGCCCGCAGCCCCCGUGACCAGGAGCUGCUGUGGGACCUGGGGGCCGUCAGCAUGCUGCGCAACCUCAUCCACUCCAAGCACAAGAUGAUCGCCAUGGGCAGCGCCGCCGCCCUCCGCAACCUCCUGGCCAACCGCCCCCCCAAGUACAAGGACGCCGCCGCCGUGGUCUCGCCGGGCUCCUGCAUGCCCUCCCUCUACGUGCGCAAGCAGAAGGCUCUGGAGGCCGAGCUGGAUGCCAAGCACUUGGCUGAGGCCUUUGACACCAUGGAGAAGCAGAGCCUGAAGGGCCAGGGCACCAAGAAGCCGCCGCGGCACAUGGAGAGCCUGGUGAAGGACUACGCCUCCGACUCUGGCUGCUUCGACGAUGACGAGGUGCCCAACAUCUCCACCGGCGUGGAGACUGCCAGCGCCUCCGUCCUCUCCAUGUUCCUCAGCUCUUCCUUCCUCCAGGGGCAGGCCCUGCCGCGGGCGCUGGCGCAGAGGCGAUGCCCGGAGCCGGAGAAGGAGGGUGGCGGCAAACCGGGCGAGCCCAGGAAGCCACCACUGCUACCGGAGGACGAUGUCUCGCUGGCCGCCGAGAAGUUGGCCAACAAGAUCUCCAGCACGGUGGCCAAGAUCGACAAGCUGGUGGAGGACAUCUCCACCAUGCACACGUCCUCGGACGACAGCUUCAGCCUCAGCUCAGAGGACCACUGCCUGGACUGGCAGUACGGCCCCGAGGAGGGGCACGAGGCACGUGCCCAGUCCUGCUCGCCCUGCCGCCUGUCGGACGCCGGCGGCUUUGCCAAGCGGGAGAGCCUGAGCCGGGCACACACCCUGCUGAGGCUGAAGAUGGCCUCCACCAGCCUGUCCAACGACAGCCUCAACAGCGGCAGCACCAGCGACGGCUACUGCACCAAGGAGCACAUGAAGCCCUGCACCAGAGCAGCCUUCCUCGACUACCGCGACGAGCUGCAGCGCUACCAGAAGCGGCCCAGCCGGCUCGACCUCAAGAGCAUCCUGGGCAGCAAGCUGGAGAGGGCCAAACCCCCUGUGCCCAAGGGCAGGGACCAGGCCGAGCCGGAGAAGCCGGAGCAGCCAGACGUGCCCGAACGGGCCAAGAAGACAGUGACCUUCCCCAGUCCCAAGGCACUGGAGAAGGAGACUGAGUGGAAGAAGGAGACGGGCAGCAAACCCUCCUCCGACCCCCAGGUCCACACCAUCAAACUCUCCCCUUCCUACCAGCACGUUCCGCUGCUCGAGAGCUUGGCCAAGAGCGGUGCUACUGCUGCUGGCACUGGCCACCACCCCUCCCUCCCGGGCAGAAAGCAAGCCUGGCUGCCCCCUGCACUGCUGCAGACGGCUGAGACCUUGAGCAAGAUCCCCGAGAAGCUGCCUGCCCACCCUCCAGCCACGGCGGAGCAGGAGUUGGUGCAGAAGUACUCGGUGGAGGACACCCCCAUCUGCUUCUCCAGGUGCAGUUCCCUCUCCUCCCUUUCCUCAGCAGACAAUGUUUUGGACGGGCAGAGCCACAGCGAGAACGACCUGGACAGCGACUCCUCCCUGGAGAUCCUGGAGAUGGAGGAAGGGGAAGCAGAAGAUGAGGACGGGAGGCAGGAGAAGGAGAAGGUGGAUCCAGAUCCAGCCCUGCUGGCCGGGAUUUCCCAGCCCAUCACCAUCCCCUUCCCGAAGCGGGACAAGAUCUUCCUGCGGGAGUCAUCGCCGUCGCGGCAGGAGGACCUCACCCCCUCCAGCUCCUCAGAGAACUACAUCCAGGAGACUCCUCUGGUGAUGAGCCGCUGCAGCUCCGUCAGCUCCCUGGGCAGCUUCGAGAGCCCCUCCAUCGCCAGCUCCAUCCAGAGCGACCCCUGCAGCGAGAUGAUCAGCGGCACCAUCAGUCCCAGCGAGCUGCCCGACAGCCCCGGGCAGACCAUGCCCCCCAGCCGCAGCAAGACGCCCCUCUUCGAGCUGGGCUGCCAGCCAGAGAAGGAGACCAGCCAGUUCAACAUCCAGUGGGAGAACAACGUCAAGAAGUUCAUGGAAAUCACCGACUUCAAGGAACGCUUCCAGCUGCCCCAGGACCUGGACUCCAUGGUCUACUUCACGGUGGAGAAACCCAACGAGAACUUCUCCUGCGCCUCCAGCCUGAGCGCCCUGCCCCUCCACGAGCACUACGUGCAGAAGGACGUGGAGCUGAAGCUGAUGCCCACCUUCCCCGAGAAGAACAGCCUGAACUUCGUGGCCCACGAGAAGCGGGAGGAGCGGCGGGAGGAGCGGCGCCCGGAGGGCCGGCGGCGGGCGGAGCGCCCCGAUCCCCCCGACGACGACGACGACAUCGAGAUCCUGAAGGAGUGCAUCAGCUCCGCCAUGCCCUCCCGCUUCCGCAAGGUGAAGACCUCCCUGCUCUCCGGCCAGGUCCUGCACCCCCAGACCAAGAAGCCCCUGCACGUCCCUGUCUACAUGCUGGUGCCGGCCCAGGCGCCUCCCGGCGCCCCCAGGCACCUGCGCACCGCCGCCCCCCGCGACCCCUUCAGGGACGAUGACUCCUUCACCGACUCGGCCGACGGGACCCCGGUGAACUUCUCCAGCGCCGCCUCGCUGAGCGAUGAGACCCUGCGCUACCCACCCGCCGAGGAGGCCGAGCGCCCCCGCGGCUUGGCCGAGGGGCAGCGUCAGCUGGGCAGCGCUGGCACCAUCCCUGCCAGGAGAGCUGCCUCCGGCGGCUCGGCGCCCGCCCGGCUAAGCUCAGCCUGCAAGGGCAAAGUGGGGGCCAGCCGUGGGCAAAGUGGGGAGGGAAAGCGAAGCCAGCAGCCCACAAAGAGCGGCCCCAAGCUGGAGCUGGAGGUGGGGAGGCCCCCCAGUGGUGCCUCUGGAAGGAAGGAUGCUCCCCAGGAGGACGAGGUGGCCUUCCAGUCGCUGUGUCACACCACGCCGACAGAGGAAGCUGUCUACUGCUUCUACGAGCAGGACUCGGACGAGCUGCCCGAGGUGGGCGGGCAAGGGGCUGGCAGCAAAGCUCAGCCUGGCCGGGCACCCAGGAGGGAGCGCUGGGGUGGCUCCAUCCCCCGCAGAGAGCCCGAGCCAGGCCCCCGGCCAGCGAAGAGCAAGCCACAGAACAACCUCAUCGCCGACGAGACUCCACCGUGCUACUCCCUCAGCUCCUCCAUGAGCUCCCUAAGCGAUGCCAACCUCUCCGACGGCAAGGAGCGGGGCCAGCCCUGCGGCAAAGCCCCGCGGCCGCGCUCAGCCACGGUGUCCUUGGGGAAGGGGGGCUCCCCCAGCUCCCCCAGCCUCAACUCGGAGGAUGACCUGCUGCAGAAGUGCAUCGGCUCGGCCAUGCCCAAGCGCCGGCGGCCCUCGGCUCGCCGCAGGGUGCCGGAGCGCAAGCAGAAGCCGUCCGGUGCCGGCGGGAGGGAGCGGAAGGCUGAGGCGAGGCACCGCUCCACCGAGGACACCGGCUCCGACCGGGGCUCGGACCUGGACAGCGUGGAGUGGCAAGCCAUCCAGGAGGGUGCCAACUCCAUCGUCACCUGGCUGCACCAGGCUGCUGCCUCCCUCUCACGGGAGCCUUCCUCCGAGUCCGACUCCAUCCUCUCCUUCAUGUCGGGGCUCUCGGUGGGCUCCACGCUGCAGCUGUCCCUGGGCAGGCAGGAGAAGCAGCGAGCCAGCAGCGUGGGCGGCCGGGAUGUGGCCAGGAGGGAGCGCAGCAAGAGCCGCCCAGAGAGGAAGGAGGCGCCGGGUGCCCGUCCCGCCGGCCGAGGAAGCACCAGGGCAGAGCGCAGCCCAGCACCCACCAAGCCAGUGCCCAACCUGCCCGUGGUCUUCCGUGGCAGGACUGUCAUCUACAUGCCCAACCUGCCCAAGGAUGCCCCCAGCCCAAGGGGCACCCCAAAGAAAAGCUCCGCGGCCAAGCCUGAGGCGUCGCCGGCCAAGAACCUCUCCCUGAGCCAGCAGCGCUCACGGAGCCUGCACCGGCUGGGCAAACCCCCCGAAACCGGGGACCUGGCACUGCCCAAGAGGAGCACGACACCCCCCGCCCGCAUCGGCAAAGGACCUCCCUCCUCGGGCUCCUCCCGCACCUCCACCCCCUCCCAGCAUGCUCCCAAGAAGCUGCCGUCGCCCUCCCAGGCCACCAAGCAGAGUCCCCCGGCUGCGGGCAAGGCGAGCAGCUCACCCUCACCGCCGGGACCCCCGGCCAGAGCCCCAGCCCCCAGGUCCCCUGCACCCAAGCAGUCCAAGACUCAGAAGUCUCCCGUCCGCAUCCCCUUCAUGCAGAAGCCCAGCAGGAAGGUGCUGCCAGGCCGGGGCACCAUGCCUGUGCUGGAGGAGCAGGUGGAUGCUAACAAGGCAGGGGGCAGCGGGCCGGGGGUGCCAGGGGGUGGCGGGCGGCUGAACCUGGUGCGGAUGUCGUCCACCCGUUCCAGCGGGAGCGACUCGGAUCGCUCCGGCUUCUUACGCCAGCUCACCUUCAUCAAGGAAUCCUCCAGCCUGCUGCUGCGGCACCGCUCCGAGCUCGGCCCGGGGCAGCCUUCGGCCUCUUCUCUGCCUCGCCGCCAGUCCCCGCAGCGCAGCCGAACCGCCCUCCCGGCCGUCUUCCUCUGCUCCUCCCGCUGCGAGGAGCUCAAGGCGGCCAAGCCAGCAGCCUCCAACCCGCGGCCCCUCGUCACCAGAGCCCAAGCCGGCGGCAAAGUUUCCCCCGGGGUCAAGCCGCCGCGGAGGACCAGCUCCGAGAGCCCGUCCCGGCUGCCGGUGAAGACCAGCGCGGCUGCACCGGAGUCCUUCAAGAGGUACUCGUCCUCACCCAACAUCAGCGUGGCACGGAGGACUGGCAGCCCUUCCUCUGUCCUCUCUGCCCGCUCCGAGGCUUCGGCGCAGCGGCAGCGGCGGCAGCCCGAGGCGGUACCCGACGGGCAGCCGGCGAAGCCGCCGGUGGUGAUGAUGAAGGGCACAUGGCGCAGGAUUCGGGACGAGGACAUCCCCCACAUCCUCAAGAGCACGCUGCCCUCCUCUGCCCUGCCUUUGGCGGGCACCGGGGAGGAGGAAGAGGAGGAAGAUGAGGAGGAGGAGGAGCACCCCGGCACCCCCAGGAAGACCAGCGACGCCGUGGUGCAGACCGAGGACUUCUCCACCGCCAAGACCAACUCCAGCACCUCUCCGACGCUGGAGACCCGGGAGGGACCCCCCCACCCCCGCGCUGCCUGCGAUGGCGAAGCUCUGGUCCCCACCAAGGCCACCCUGCCCAUCUCCUUCGGCCACGAGGCACCCACGGGGACCUUCCCCAGCAGCCGGCACGGCUCCCCCAGCAGAGCUGCCCGAGUCACCCCCUUCAACUACGUCCCCAGCCCCAUGGCAGUGACAGCGGUGGCUGACACGGUGGUGGAGAAAAUCCAGGCUUGA